AUGCGACUCCCCGCCCCGCAGGCAGAGCCCCUUCUUCCCUUCCCAUCCAAGGAGACACCGGGAUCUGCCUCCGCUCCCCUCGGCCCUCCCCCUCGCACCCUCCCGGCUUCCUCCCUCUCGCCUUCUUUUUCUUUCUUUUUUUUUUUUCUUUUCCUUUUUCCAUCCCCUCCCCCUCCUGGGAAGACCUGGUCGCUCCCCCCGCCCCGUGCUCAGUAGCCGCGGGCUCUGGGCGGUGGACGAGCGGCGCGGAGCGGGGAGCCGGGAGCCUGUGCCCCGGGGCUGCGGCCGCCGCCUGCCCCUCCGUCCGUCCUGAGGGGUGCCAGUUGAGGUUUCCAUGUAAUUGGAAUGAAGGAUGUUGGAACAGGUUUCCCAAUGGCAGCCACCAGUAGCUGAAUAAUGCCACUGACAUCACUACUGCCAAAGGAGAAAAACGGUCUUUUCAGUAAUGUUUUGAGCUCAGAAUCAAGAGUUCUGGGUUCAGUUUCUGGCUCUGCCACAGACUUCUAAAAAUCUUACUUUUUUUCUGCAUGUUUCCCAGCUACAGAUGGGAAUAAUACUGUAUUUUGUCUUUCCCAUUAAAAGUAUUAGCUCUUUGUGUGGUGCAUCACCUCACCUAUGUGGGGUAUUCCACAUGUGACAAUAAGGCACAGACAGCACAGUUCCUGCAGCCUUUGUGGGAUUCUACAGGAAAAAGGCAUGUGAUGAAUAAGCAGACUUGUCCCUCCUACUUGGCUGAGCUUUCCUGCAUAUAUAUGUAACCUGCAUAUAUAUAUGUAGACUCCUCUAGACCAGCAAGAUUCUACUUUUCUCACUUGUCUGUCUGUCCCCUCCAACCAUGGAUUUUUAAGUUCUCUGACAUUCUGAGAGAGAUUCAGACACCCAUACAUAGGUAAUGAAUGAGGUUUUGGUGGCAAUGGCACACAGAGGAGGAGAUAAAAUACAGGAUCAGCAGGUGACCCACACCUUCAGAGCAAUUGAAGCUGAAAAUGUUUAAAAUAGGCUGUGACACCUUUCAAGAUGCCCAGAUUGUGGGCACUGUGACAAUCAAGACAACAUAACCUUUGUAAGAGGAAAGGAAAUCUUCCUAAUUUGGUUCCUUGGGAUAGCAAUUAGCAAAGUGCCAUUUUUCACAAUAGGCAGAUUCAUAGUUCUUAGCUGGGUGGGUAAUGCAGAAGUAUGUGUGACUUUUAGGUCACUUAAAGGUCUUACUUUUUGGCCAUCACAUGAAAGAGCACAAUUGUUCUGGUUUCCUAAGGGUCUCACAAGUGUGGUCUGUCUGUCCAUCUCUGCUUGGAUCCCAACUUUUGAAUACAUUGGUGAUUUUCAACUAUGUUCUACCUUCAACCAUAGAGAAGAGAAGCAGAAACAUAAUACAUAAUUGCAUUUCUAUGGGAUAAAUAAAACCCGGUUGCUCUAUGCUCCAGUGAGCAGAAUGACUCCACUGAGGGAAAAGCAGGUAAAACUCAGCUGGUUUCACCUUCCAGUAGGUAGCUCAGCAUGGUUGUUGGCUGAAUUGUCUGCAUUCAUCUUGCUAGAGACCAUUGGAAGAGUUGGAGGCAAUACAGGAAAAUAUUUGAGGCAUUUCUAUUUUGAGCGGAGUGUUGAAUUCCGUUCCACUGAUGUCAGUUCUAAUAUUGCAUGAUUAUACUUUGAAAGAUAACUGUGUAUAUUUCCAAAGUGUAUUUUCAAAUCUCUCUUUCUUGUUUUAGAAAAAAUUAAAUAAAAUGGAGCACAUGUUACUGCUAUUCAUAUUUUUCAUACCUGUAUUGGGUCUCAGUAAUGGAACAGAAACUGAACAAGAUUUUACUUGGCACUUAAAGAAGAUUCCUCAGAUUGUGAGAGAAAGAACUUUCUCCCUUGACAGCCCUAAAUUUGAAGCAAAAACCAAAUUAGAGCUGAACAGUGUAUGUGGAAUUGAGUGUCAAAGAAAACUGCCAGUGCCAAGCUUGUCUGACUUGAAGGACCUCUUAUCCUACGAGACUGUUUUUGAAAAUGGUACACGGACCCUGACUGAAGUGAAUGUCCUUGGAGCAGUGCUUGACCCAGCUGGAAACACAACCACACAAAGGUCUUUGAGAAAGAAAAGGCAGGUAUAUGGAACAGACAGUAGGUUCAGCAUCUAUGACAAGCGGUUUAUGACCAACUUUCCAUUCAACACAGCUGUGAAGGUCUCCACUGGCUGCAGUGGCAUUCUCAUUUCCCCCAAGCACGUGCUGACAGCAGCCCACUGUCUGCACAAUGGCAAGGAUUAUGUCAAGGGCAGCAAAAGACUGAGGGUGGGCCUGAUGAAGACAAAAUCCAGAGGCAAUGGCAGGAAACGCAAAGGUGCUAAAAGAAGUAGGAGAGAAGUUUCUACGGCCAAAGAGGAUCCCAAAGUUGCCACAGAACAAAGGCAACAAUCCAAAGGCGACAGGAAAAGGCAGAGGAGGCCUGGGAGGAAGCAAGGGACCUCAGAUGGCAUGCCCUCCUUCCAGUGGACCAGAGUGAAGAGUACCCACAUCCCAAAAGGCUGGUUUAAGGGUGUUUCUGGGGAUAUUGCCCUGGAUUACGAUUAUGCUGUUCUUGAGCUCAAGCGUCCCCACAAAAGGAAAUACAUGGAGCUGGGAAUCAGCCCAACAAUCAAAAUGAUGCCUGGGAGCAUGAUCCACUUCUCAGGUUUUGACAAUGAUCGGUCUGGGCAGCUGGUCUAUAGAUUUUGUAGCAUAUCUGAUGAGUCCAACGAUCUCUUUUACCAGUACUGUGAUGCUGAGCCUGGCUCCACUGGAUCUGGCAUCUAUCUCCGUCUUAAGGAGCCGAACAAAAAGAAGUGGAAACGCAAGAUCAUUGCUGUUUACUCAGGCCAUCAGUGGGUGGAUAUCAAUGGUGAACAGCAGGAUUACAAUGUAGCAGUAAGAAUUACUCCUCUCAAAUAUGCCCAGAUUUGCUUCUGGAUACAUGGGAAUGAUGGGAAUUGCACACAAGGCUGAAGAGAGCUGAACCUUACUUGCUUAGCACCUGUACUGCCAUAGAGUGAAAGUCGGCUGCAGCAGUUACUGGAAGAACGUCACUCCAUGUCAGAAUGUUUUUGAACUCAAAGCUCACAAGUAAUGCUAUAGUAACUUGAGGAAUGCUGAAAUGCUGGGGGAUGGGUAGAAUUGUCAAACAAAAUCUUUCUAAUUGUAAUCAACCCUAGAUAUGCACUUAAAAUCCCAAACUAUAUUUCUGUUUGCAAUUGUGAUAAAUUCAAAUCAUUCACAUGAGAAAAAAAAUGACUGCACCUGUUAGUCAUUUUUUUUUUCCAAAUGGAAGGGUUGAAACAUCCCCAGCUGGUAUUAUUAAACAAUAUCUAUUUUUUUUCCAAUGGAUGUACUUUUCUCAGGGUUCUGUUCCAAUUUUUCAGAUUCAAGUAGAGCAUAUUACUGUAUGUGCAGAAUGAUUCAGAGAACUGCACGAGAAUAAGACAUUAUUCUGGCAUUCUCUAAAGACCACAGCUCUAUGUUGAGAAGCAGCAGUAUAGUUCAUGCUUGUUAGUUUGGAAAACUUCCUCUUCUGGUUGCCACAGGAACACUUCCAUGGAAAUUUCAAAUUUAUGUAGCUGAGGGUUAGACCUUAGACAAAUUUCACUCCAUUACUCAGUAAAAACGGCAAAAAGAAAUUAACCAACAUAGAAGUUUCCAUGUUUUGAAAAAGAAGAAACAUCAGGAAAUAAUUUAAUGCCUUUGAAUUUUCUUUGAGAAGUUAUAGAAGUCUUAAACACGUGCAUUUGCAUUACAAUUAGUAUUUGGAGAGCUGUAGGUUUAGUUCUUAGUUAAAUGUUUAGCUUUGUCUUUGGGAGAAGUCACUGACUCCUGAAGUGGCUAUUUGACAAUCACUUAGAUCAUUUAAAUAUCCCAGAUUAUGUAUUUUUUGGGUGCUAAACAUUUCUUCAGUUUUUAUAAAUUACUUUUAUCUGAGUUCAGCUUCAUAGAUAGGAUAGUAUGUAUUACACUGGGCAUUGGAAAUCAGUAUUUUAGUUUGGCUUCAUACAGUUUUGCAAAGUGGGUGGUUUUAAUCAUGUCAUAUUCAGACUCCAACUUUCCCAAGUAAAUUAUAGCACUUUCUGAAUGUUAGAAAUACCCUGUACAUUAUAACAGGUAUCUUGUUAGGUAGCAGCAGCAGUUAGCAAAUAAUUUGGUUCAAUAUGUUUGCAGAACCAUAUAUUUAAUGAAAACAAAAACUGAGCUUGACUUUUACACACCUUUAAACACAAACCACCUACUUAAAAAUUGUUGAUGAUUGCUACAAAAGUCUAUAUCUUUUAUUUUAUGUCAAGAUUCUGAAGCGCACAGAAUUGUUAUGGUGCUACGUUAAUCUAAUAACAUUAAGUGAUACUGUGCCUUUCUGAUCAUAUCCUUUGGGUUGCAAUACUUUUAGAAUAUUCACCACCAUAAUAUUUAAUUUUUUUUACCAUAAAUUUAUGCUGACCAAAAUACAUUUUCUUCCUUUGCAGAAGAAAGAAAUAUAACAAGUUUUAAAAAUAUUAUCUGUUUGCUGGAAUCUUUAAAACAUACUUGUAAUAUCUUUUAAUGAAAUAAGAUGAUUUUUAAUAACCCACUUUUUUUUUAGAUGAUUGAAAGUAUAUAACCUGACACACUGAAUGUGCAGGCAACUUUCUUUGUCAUAUCAUUACCAAAGCAUAAAAAUUUAGGACUUGCAUCCAUAUCAUAACUCUAACAAUAUUUCAUUAAUUGGAAGAGAUCUCACUUUAAAGAAACUAUUUCUUUUAAUGUCAGCCUUUCCAGGGAACAGGGAACACUUAACUUUUCCUUUUUUUUUUCUUUUUUUUUAAAUUUUAUUUUGUGUGAUUGUUUGCAGGAAACUAAUAAUAAUUUUUACAGUUCAGAAAUUAAUCUCUAAGAUUUUAGGGUUAAUUAUUUUUUAUUGUUGUUAACAUCUCUGUUAAGAUACAUGGCUCUGCUGACAGCAAUUUUAAAUCACCUCAGUCCAGUAUUUAAUACUCUUGUUCUAUGCAAAGGCCUACAAUACUCUUUAGUCAGCUCUGUAAUAUUUUUCUUAAGUGCCUUUUUCCAUAGUUACUGUGAAAAAUAAGGUACCACAUCAUUAAUCUAAUACAAGACAACCCAAAUCCAUGGAUUUUUUUACAAUUAUCCUCAUUGUGGAUUUGGGUCCAAAACUGAUCAAGAUAAGGUGGCUUAGUAAAUUCUUUAUUUUGUUGAGUUUUAUUUAGGUGUGUUCCUUAGGAGCAGAAAUAUAAUGCAUUCCUUUAUCAGUUUGGGAAUUGGAAAAAGGUAAGAAUGAAAAAUGUUGAUGUCAGCUUGCAAAUGGUCUUGUUAUGAUAAUCAUCUCCUGUAAAUGUCUCAGCUGUGACCUGAAGUUCUCAUACCAGGCUGAUAACAAAUGUUUAUCCCCAGAGAAUAAAUAUUAAAUGCUCAGUGCCUCAUUUUAUGGUACCAAGAGAUUAAAAAGGUUGUCCAGAGCAACAUAAAAAUUAAUCAAAACUAUAUACACAUAUCUGUAUCUAUACAAACCUCUGUGUCUGAGUGCACAUGCACAAACACAUGCAAAUGUACAGGUGUGUAGAAAGAGCAUGUGCUGUUUUGAUUGGGUCAGCACCUCCAGGCAAGGGAAUGCAAGCAUAAGAAAACCCAGAUAAAAUGUUAUUCCUAUUAUCUCUGCAUGCCAGGCAGUAUUUCAGUCUGUCACUUGGCCUAAUAGAGCAGGAAAUACUUAAUGGAGGCAUUGGGACUACCUACUACAGGGCCUUCUGGAAUAGUUAAUAAAUUUGAGUACUUACACACAAUCCCAGGAGUUCAAUGUUCUGCGUAGAGCUCUUGGUUCCAACCACUGCAAAGGGGUCAAGAAUUUCUGAGCCUUGAUCAUCUCAGAUUUCCUUAAAAACCCUGCAGUUGCUAUCUAGUUAUUGAUGAGAAAAUAUAAGGGAGUGUUCUUAGUAGGUUAGAUCUUGCUGUUGUCUAGGACACCAUCACCAAUGUUGAGUUUCGAGCCUUAUGAUGUUUUCCUAAAGGAUUUUUCCUCUUUCAGGCACCAUGCUGUACAUCAUUUGUUUUCAUCAGUACUAAUGCUUUUCCACAAGAGUUGGUAUAGUAGAUCUUUAACUGUAUUCCCGGCUUUAGGAAAAAACCAUAUUCAGUCAAAUCUCUUUUCUGCUAGGGGGGCUACUGGAGUUAAAAAGUAAAUUUUUUUCUGGGCCAAAGAUAAACACGCCCACAUUAACACACCCACACCAGCUUCUGCAAGGUAUUUGUGCAUGUGUUUAAUCUGAGGCUCUGAGACAUACAGUGGAAGUCAAGAGGCUUAAAUGCAAUGUGAAAAAUUAAGUUGUUAUUAUCUCAACAAAAGAAAAGCACUGUGUUACAUAGCAAAAUUAUUUCUGUUAUCUGAGGUAUAGAGGACCCGGUGCUUUAAAAAUCGGUUAAAGAAACUCCUCGACUUAGUUCAUAACUUACCAUCUAAAUUUUGCAGAUUUAUGAGUCUGUGUGGAAUAUGAAUCAGCACGAAUAUGGCUUAAGUAAAAAAAUAUUUCAUCUGCAUGUGGAGGAGAGAAGCAGCUGGGGAAUUCUUUCUAUUCUGCUGAUAAGGGAUGAACUGGCAGCAAAUAGCAUACAAUGCAGAGAGAACAAGAGAAGUAGAGGGUAUGGAAGACUGGGGAGAUGGAUGUGGUAUGCAAGGGAUAAAGAAAGUGUGAAAAGUAACAGAUGAAACGGCUGCAAGGUAGCAGAGGGACCUAUUGUAAGAAAGAGUAGGCAGCUGGUAAAGACUUAACAGUAUAAACUAAAAUGUGAAAUCCACAAGUUUCAUGGACAACCUUUUGCUGUUAAAGAUGAGGCCCUUCUUCCCAGCCAACAGCAACAAGGAAAGGGCUGUGAGAGGGCUCAGGUUGUGGCAGGGACCCCUAGCAGGCAGGGGGUUUUGACCUUGAUCUACAAUCCCUGCCUGAAUUCGCAGGGAUUACACUUCUGUUCAUUUAGGAUCCUUGGAAAGCAGCAGAUCCGUGUUCUGACCUAAAGGCUUGGCAGUGUGAACCUUCCAAUACACUGGAUUACCAAGAGUGUAGUGAGUAAAGGGAGUUUCUCAAACCUGACCUUCUGUUGUUAUUCCUGUAAAGGCUGUUUCCCAUUGGAAAAAAAAAAUAAAACAAAAAAUCUCCAACUUGAGGCAUUUAAAUGUUGGCUCAAUUUUUUUGCAUGUACCUAGAAAUUCUAGCCAAUAAAUUUUCUUUCAAAUACAUUAUGUUUGUGUUUGAUAUCUUCAUACAAAUUUAAUCAACCGCUUCCAA